UAAAGAUAAAUCUGAAAUUAAGGUAAAUGGAUAUUAUAGUUUGAUAAAACUAUAUAAUUGAAAGCAAUGAGUGGUGGAGUAGUACCCAGUAAAUCAACAGUUUACAUUUCAAAUUUACCUUUUUCAUUAACAAACAAUGAUAUACAUCAACUUUUACAGACUUAUGGAAAAAUUGUAAAAGUAACAGUAAUGAAAGACAAAACCACACGCCGAAGUCGUGGUGUUGCAUUUGUAUUAUUUCUUACUCCUGAAGAUGCUCUUUCUUGUGCAAAAGGUUUAAAUAACACUGAAGUAGGAGGUCGUACAGUUAAAAGUUCUAUAGCAGUUGAUAAUGGACGCAGUACUGAAUUUAUUCGUCGAAGAGACUAUCCAGAUAAAUCUCAAUGUUAUGAAUGUGGAGAAGAGGGUCAUUUGUCAUAUAAUUGUAGAAACAAUACAUUAGGACCAAGGAAUCCACCAAUAAAAAAGAUUCGAAUUAGAAAGAAACACAAGACUAAUGAUAGUCCAUUCACAACUUAUUGUUCAAUAGAUAAUAGUGACGAUGAAUUAGUAGAUGUCAAUUGGGAUGAAGAAGUAGAAACAUUAAGUGCUGCAAUUGCAUUGGAGCAUAAACAAAAAGAAUUUGAGAAAAGUCAAAGAGUAGGAAGUAAAGUAUUUGAGGAAGAAAACCAAUUAAUUCAGAAACCAGGAAAACGAUACAAAAGAAACCAAUAUUUUAGUGAUGAAGAAGAUUUCAGCGAAUGA